AAGGCAACAUAUUUAAUAACCCUAAACGCGUAAUUGUUAUGUUAUUCCCGGUUCCGGUUUAUUUGAUUAAAAAUACUCUAAAAAUCACCUUUUCGGUAAUGUUCACAUUCUUAUCUGUCAUCUGUCAUUUUUUCCACUGUCAAAAUUUGUAAGCUCAACUAAUCUUACCCCACGUAAUUUGCAAUAAAUUACACAACUGAACGAAAUUAUUGCACUAAACGAUUUUGUCGUGUAGUAUGUCGUAUUGGGGUCCCUACGAAGAUCAGAUGAAUGGAGGAUUUCCAGGAUGUAAUCCAGAAUAUGUUCAAUAUUUCAACAACAUGUCUUAUUAUAAUGAUCCUAAUGGUGCCAACUUCAGUGCCGUAAAUACGGGUUACAAUUAUUAUGAUGGGCAAACGUACCAGAAUAAUUAUCUGGAACAGCCUGGAACCAGUCAGGUGACUAAUAAUUGGGCCCCAAAUCCCUCUAAUGAGGAUGUUGGAGCCGGAACUAAGAAAAAAACGAAUGAAAGGAAGAAUUGGAAUAACGGAAGGAAGAAUGAAAGGUAUGGAAGUGGACGCACGUUUACUAGGAGUAAGCCUGAACAAAAGAAGUGUCUAGAAAAUGAUGAAAAAGUAGAUAAGUUUAAUCAGAAACAAGACGGAAGGAGUCAAAAUAGUAACAGUAGAUAUAGGAAUAAUUAUAGAAGUAGGGAUAAGUAUGAUUUUUAUGAUGGGAGAGGGUAUGGAAAAUAUGGGAAGGCUAAUAGGAGUUACGAGGAUAAUGGGGCUAGUGGCCGAGAUUGGCGUUCAAAUAACACAAAUCGCAAGUGCACUAACAACGUGCAAAAGAAGUUUGACGCAGCCUCGCAGCGUGAACGUCUUGAGCAGAUGCUCUCGCGUCGCACACUCGAGUGUCUCGUCUGUUGCGAAAAAAUCAAACACACUGACAAAAUCUGGACUUGUCAGCAGUGCUACCAUAUCUUCCACCUCAACUGUACCAUCGCCUGGGCAAACUCCUCAAAACUGGAUUCUGGAUGGCGUUGUCCAGCUUGUCAAAAUGUCUGUAGCGACAUUCCUAAACAGUACACUUGCUACUGCGGCAAGACUGUGGAGCCACGGCCCCUUCCGGGCGUAGUCCCGCAUGCUUGUGGCGAAUUGUGUGAAAAAACGCGCCGUUGUGACCACAAAUGCACCAUUCUGUGCCAUCCGGGGCCCUGUCCAGAUUGUAACGCUAUGGUGGCAAAGCCCUGCGGAUGUGGGGUCACCUCACAAACCGUAAAAUGCAGCGCUGAUACCGAAAUUGUUUGUGGGGCCAUUUGUGGGAAGAAAUUGUCAUGUGGGGUGCAUGAAUGCAGGGCGAAGUGCCACGUGGGGCCAUGUAUGGAAUGCGACAGGGAGUUGCGACAGAUUUGUUACUGCGGGAAGGUGGGGCGUAAAGUGAAAUGUAGGGAAGAGUUCAAAGGGGCGGAGAAUUAUUCAUGUGGGGAACUUUGUGGAAAGGGUUUGAGUUGUGGGAAUCACAAAUGCACCAAGGUGUGUCACGAAGGGGAUUGUGAGGUGUGUCUUAGAGAUGUGGAGGAGGUUAAGACGUGUCCUUGCGGGAGGACUGAAUUGAAAGAGAGAAGAGAAUCGUGUCUGGAUCCUAUACCUUGCUGUGAUAAAAUUUGUGGGAAAAUACUAAAUUGUGGGCAACCCGCAGCCCCCCACUCCUGUAAACUUCCUUGUCACGAAGGUCCUUGUCCUCCAUGUCCCCUCACGACUUUGAUUCGUUGUCGCUGCGGUCACAUGGACCGGGAAAUCCCCUGCGGACAAGUGACGACGAAAGCCGACGAUGCCCGAUGCGAGAAAAAAUGUACCAAGAAACGCCUCUGUGGCAAACAUCGUUGCAAUCAACGCUGUUGUAUUGAAAUCGAGCACAUCUGUCCCCUCCCUUGCAACCAUAUGCUCGCUUGUGGUCAACACCGUUGCGAGAGGACGUGUCAUAGUGGGCGGUGCCCACCGUGCAUAGAGACCAGUUUCGACGAAUUGUAUUGCGAGUGUGGAGCUAACGUUUUGUACCCGCCAAUUCCGUGCGGAACGAAACCGCCUCCUUGCAACAAUCCGUGUUCUAGGCCACGCCCUUGUGGCCAUGACGCCAAUCACGCCUGUCACACGGGGGCGUGUCCACCCUGUACCGUCUUAUGCAAAAGGUGGUGUUACGGGAAACACGAGCAGAGGUCGGCCAUUCCGUGCUACCAAGAGGAUUUCAGUUGUGGACUGCCGUGUGGGAAAGCAAUGCCAUGUGGGGCACACAAGUGUGACAAGCCUUGUCAUUUGGGAGCGUGUCCUUUGCCGUGUAAACAGAAAUGUAACGUAAAGAGAGUUCAAUGCGGGCAUCCAUGCGGAGUCACGUGUCACGAAGGGGCGUGUCCAGACACGCCCUGCAAACAAAUGGUACCGGUCACGUGCCCUUGUGGGUUGCAGAAAGCGACAAGGCCUUGUAUUGAGUUAGCCGAGGCGUACAAGGAGAUCGAAAUGGCGAGUUUGAAGGACAAAAUGGCCGAUUUAUUAAAAGAUCAAGCUGUGGAUAUCAGCGAUAUUGUUAACAAACCCAAAAGACCAUCAAUUUUAAAAAUAUUGGAAUGCAUGGAAGAAUGUCGGGUUCUCGAACGCAACCGGCGCCUAGCUAUAGGUCUCCAGAUCCGCAAUCCCGAUUUGAGUCAAAAGCUAACUCCCCGUUAUUCCGAUUUUAUGCGAAAUUGGGCGAAGAAAGACUCCCAGUUUUGCCAAAAAGUCCACGAUAAAUUAACCGAGCUAGUUCAAUUGGCCAAGCAGAGCAAACAGAAGAGUCGUUCAUAUUCUUUCGAGUCAAUGAAUAGGGAUAAAAGACAUUUUGUGCACGAAUAUUGUGAACAUUUCGGGUGCGAAAGCGCCGCUUACGAUGCAGAGCCAAACAGAAAUAUCGUCGCGACAGCUUUCAAAGAUAAGUCUUGGUUGCCGAGUAUGAGUCUAUUAGAGUUUAUUCAAAGGGAAAACGGGCAAAGGAAAGUUCCAGGGCCGGUUUUGAGCAAAGGGACGUUAGGGAAAUCGGAAACUGUUGCCUUGAAAUUGCCCGGAAGGGGACAGAGGAGUACGCCACCAGGAGAAACCGUGGAUUAUUUCGAUAACCCCCCAGUGUAAUGUUUAUAACGUAUUAUGUUUAGUAUUUUUGAAGGUUAAUAAAUUGGUUUGUAAAAAA